GUAUCACUUUGAAGCUGAGGCCUCGAUAUACACGCAAAGAUGGAUAAAUUGCGUAUGAUGUUCCAGUUCCUUCAGUCCAACCAGGAAUCCUUUAUGAAUGGCAUCUGUGGUAUCAUGGCCCUAGCCAGUGCACAAAUGUACUCUGCCUUUGAGUUCAGCUGCCCGUGUAUUCCGGAAUACAACUACAGCUAUGGGAUCGGGCUUCUGAUCAUCCCACCUCUUUGGUUCUUCUUAUUAGGAUUUGUAUUGAACAAUAAUGUGUCUGUGCUAGCAGAAGAAUGGAGACGACCUACAGGAGAGAGAACGAAAGACCCGUCAAUCCUUCGUUACAUGUUCUGUUCAAUCGCACAGAGAUCUCUGAUAGCGCCCGUCGUUUGGGUGUCAGUGACUCUCAUGGAUGGCAAGAGCUUCCUCUGUGCUUUCAGCAUCAAUUUGGAUAUUGACAAGUUUGGGAAUUUUAGUUUCAUCAAGGGGAUGUCCGAGGUAGAGAGGAUAAAACUGCUGGCAAAGAUUCCAUGUAAAGACUUGUUUGAGUAUCAGGAAGUGAGAGUAGCGGCAUCCCGAUACAUCAAGUGCAUAUCACAGGCUUGCGGCUGGAUGUUUUUACUCACGAUGACCUUCACGGCAUUCCUCAUUCGUGCUAUUCGACCUUGCUUUACUCAGGCUGCUUUCCUCAAAACCAAAUACUGGUCUCAUUAUAUCGACAUUGAGCGUAAGAUGUUUGAUGAGACCUGUAAAGAGCAUGCCAAGAGCUUUGCCAAGGUUUGCAUCUAUCAGUACUUUGAAAAUAUUAGUGGAGAGAUGCGCAACUUGCAUCAUCACUCCAGCAAGAAUGACAGCGACGAUGAAGAUGAUGAUAAGAGAAGGAACGAGGAAGACAAGCUCUUGGGUAUAAGGGUCCAGGAUGACAUGAAUAAAGCUCUGUGCAACUGGCAUACUUGCAAACCAGCUCUUGCACUGAGAAAAGAGCAAGUAAAUGGCCAAAACAAUGACAUACUGCAUCAAGAAGGCAGUGGAGCAGCAAAUGGCUUUGCAAAUGGACACACCCAUAAUGUGGAAAAAAAGGAAUGGGCGGUGUAUUACAGUAAAGUCUGACCUCAA